AUGGAGGCCACGUCUCCCCGGCCUGGGCUACUGCUGGUCACGCUCUGCCUGCUCGCUUCCCACGGAGGGCCGGCAGCUUUCCUGAUCACCACUCCAUACACGCUCUGCGUCUGCCCCGAGGGCCAGAAUGUCACCCUGACCUGCCGGAUCAGCGGUCCCCUCGCCGACCGCCAUGACCUCCUCUACAAAACCUGGUAUUUCAGCAGCAACGGCGACCAGAGCUGCUCUGAGAAGAAGCACAUCCGCAACGUCACCGAGAAGGAGCUGCACCACGACCUGGGCAGGCACCACGAGCCGCCGCGCAACGGUACCCAAAAAUCCUCCCUCAGGGGGCAAGCCAGCCAUCACGGGGUGGAGUUUGUCCCCGACCACCACGGUGCCUUUCACAUCGUGGUGAUGAACCUGACGCUGCAGGACAGCGGGAACUACUGCUGCUACGCCGUGGAGGCCAGGUGGGAGCACGGCAAGCCCCACACCCUGCAAGUCGCUCACGGCUUUGUGGAGCUGCAGAUCCAGCAAGGCAGAGGAGCGCUUCAAAACUGCACGUUUCACACCGCUACUAGCAAAGAUAUCACGGCCGCCGCGCUGGCAACGGGUGCCUGCAUCGUGGGCAUCCUCUGCCUGCCCCUCAUCUUGCUCCUGAUCUACAAGCAGAGACAAGCGGUCAGCAGCAGACGUGCCCACGAGCUCGUCAGGAUGGAGAGCAGCGCCCAGGGCAUCGAAAACCCCGUCUUCGAAGAGGUCCCCUCGGCCAGCGCGGAGCCGCGGCCCCGACCCCAGCUCUCCUACAUGGCCAACCGGCAGCCUUCCGAGUCUGGCCGGCACCUUCUCUCCGAGCCCGGCACCCCUCUGUCCCCCCCCGGCCCCGGGGACUGCUUUUUCCCGACGCUGGGUGAUAAUCCCGUUCCCGACUCACCGAAUUCCUUGAAAGCCUAA